AUGGCAACAAAAGGGCUGGUGGUGUAUUUGCUGACGGGCUUUUCCGCGGCGAUUCUAUCGGUUUAUUUCUUCAAAAGCCAUUCGAAUGGAAGUUAUGCAAAAGGGUCACUUUUUUCAUCUUCAAACUCCAAUCUCUAUGGAUCUGAAUCCAAAGUUUGGCCUGAAUUGAAGUUUAGUUGGAGAGCUGUGUUGGCAACUGUGACAGGAUUCUUGGGCUCAGCUUGUGGAACCGUAGGCGGAAUAGGCGGAGGCGGCAUUUUUGUCCCUAUGCUUACUUUAAUCGUGGGAUUUGAUACCAAGUCUGCUGCUGCUAUUUCAAAAUGUAUGAUAAUGGGGGCUUCAGCAUCAUCAGUUUGGUACAAUUUGAGAGUGCCUCAUCCCUGCAGAGAAGUGCCAAUUAUUGACUAUGAUUUAGCCCUUCUCUUCCAGCCUAUGCUCAUGCUUGGCAUUACCAUUGGAGUAUCUUUGAGUGUUGUCUUCCCUUAUUGGCUCAUCACUGUCUUAAUUAUUAUUCUGUUCAUCGGGACUUCUUCAAGGUCCCUUUUUAGGGCUACUGAGAUGUGGAAAGAAGAGACUAUUUUGAAGAAAGCCAUGGCAGAGGGGCAACAAACUUUUGUUAACUCUAAUGGGGAACUUCUUAUUGAUGUGGAGUACGAACCAUUGGUCCCGAAAGAGGAGAAAACGGCUUUGCAAAUUAUGAGGGACAACAUUAACAUCAAGAGAAUUCUGGUGCUACUAAUCGUAUGGAUUUGUUUCUUGCUUCUUCAAGUGUUCAAGAAUGAUUUGAGAGCUUGUACUCCAUUGUACUGGGUGCUCAACUUGUUACAGUUCCCAGCUGCUUUUGCAGUGUUCUUUUAUGAAUGCAUCAAACUGUAUAAGGAAAGCAAGAGAAGGAGGCUAGCCGGUAAUGCAGAAUCAAUAUGUGAGGCUACUAUUCAAUGGACGGCUGCAAAUCUAGCACUGUGUGCACUAUGUGGUAUCAUAGGAGGCACUGUUGGUGGCCUGUUAGGGUCCGGUGGUGGUUUCGUUCUUGGUCCUCUCCUCCUUGAGAUCGGUGUCAUCCCUCAGGUUGCUAGUGCGACAGCAACUUUUGUGAUGGUGUUCUCAUCCUCAUUAUCUGUAGUCGAAUUCUAUCUACUCAAAAGAUUUCCCAUUCCUUAUGCUUUAUACCUCAUGUCUGUUUCGAUUUUAGCCGGUUUUUGGGGACAAUUCAUCAUAAGAAAGCUUAUCGCCAUCCUAAAACGGAGUUCAAUCAUCGUGUUUAUCCUCUCUGGUGUCAUUUUCGCCAGCGCUCUGACUAUGGGUAAGUACAACGUUACUUCAAGAAUUCCAUUCUAG